AAACACUCCAAGCAGCCAGGGACACAAAAAGAGAAGUGAAAGAGGAGCUUGAGGAUCAACAGGCAGUCAGACAAUUUUGUUGCUUUCUGCGCUGCACACUCAAACUUGUGGAAAGCCUACUAAGCAUGCAAGUGUCUGCAGUUACUUUUCAAUCACGACAACUCACUGUCAUGUGGAUGUACUUCAGUCGACCCUUGUUGUUGAUGCACUAAACAUGGCAAGUCUCUCAGCACGGAGCCCGGGGAGGCUGUCUGAAGAGGAUUAUCAGGACCAAAAAUGAAAAAACAUUUUGAGUGAUAGAGGAGAAACCCCUGCAAAGAUGAAUCCAGAAUCUCUGGACUCGUCCAUCCAGAGCGCCCUCUCGGCCCUCUUCCUGCCUUUCGAUGCCACGGCUUCCAUCGUCCUGAGUCAGCUGUUUCGCACCAUUGAGGAACGUUACCACGGUGAUGCUCUACAGUGCCUGCUGGACUUCCUCAUCCCUUCCAAACACCUGCUGGAGAGCGUCCAACAGGCUGCAUGUGCUGGAUACUCGGAUGUUGUUUUCCGCUAUGAAGGCUGGCCUCUGUGUCUCCACGACAAAACUGUCGUCCAGCUGGCACCUGUGAACCCUUUGCUGCUGCGUCCUGGAGACUUCUAUCUACAGGUAGAACCGUUUGGUGACCAAGCAGCUCGCAUCGUCUUGAAAAGUCUUCUGGAGGAGGGCUGUCGAGAAGUGGAGGAGACCCCCAUCCCUGAGACUUCCUACCCUUGCAUCUUCUCAGAAGAAUGGCUGCAGGACAUCAAUGAAGGACGGCAUGGGACUCCUCUGUCACGCUGCUUACUUUGCACAGAUCAGGGAGUCAUCAAGUUACCCUGGACUCAAAUUGCCAUCCCAGAGUUCUUAGAUAAGCCAAAAAUGAUGCACUCUUACCGGGAAGCUCCUCCAGCACCACAGCAGACUUCAGUACCCUCUCAUUUUAACUCCUCUACUCUCCCAGUGGAAGCCUUAUUUCUUCCUUCAAAAGACAGGAUGUCCGCCUCUUUGAGACCUUCGGACUCUUCUUCCAAACUUGUCAAAAUGGACCAUGCAAGACGACUUCCUAAGUCAUGCUCAAAACCUUUGAUCAAACCGGUGGGUUGGGUUUCUCCAAACACCUGGGACAGACCCAACUAUCGAGAGAUUGAGGGUGAUUAUGUAGACCUGGUGGAUGUCGCCAAAGAGACAGACCUACCAAAUCCGCCCAGUUCAGUUUUUUUCAAACCGGUCAGACCUCCUCCUCCUGUGCCAUUUGUGAAUCCUUGUGGACGCACAUUGCAGUUUGCGGAGGAGCCAUGUACGCCAUGCAGCCAGAGAAAGCUGGGGCAGGAGUACACUGAUGAAGACUUGAAGUGUCGAUACAGAGACUCGUAUGUGGCAGCACUGAGAAACCCUGUCCCUUUUGAGAGAGGGAGCGUAGACCUCCUGGCUGCCCUGGAUGAGAUUGGCCAAUGUGAGGAGGUACAGUUAAGACCUAGCGGUGCAUUUGAAGUUCAAAAACAGGACCUUGGAAACCUUUGUAACCACUGUAAUAGGCCCCGGAUGAGUAAUGAGCUCUGCCAGAACAGACACAGCACUGAAGCAAUAACAGAAAAUGUUGUAUUCAAAGAACACACAAGUUUUGAACCAGAAAACCUUAUGAAGGAACCACCCAUGGUCUUAAAAUCAACCCCUGGUUUGAGCUACAGUCAGAAAGUUCAGAUGAAACUUAUUUCCCAACAAUCUGGACACAAGGCCACUGUGCAUCCAGGAUCAGUGGAGUCCCUUGAGAACUGUCAUGGUGACAUUAAAGCACAUCAAAGUGCAGAGGUGGUGAAGCCAUCAGGGAAACACAAAGUAAAGGUCAGGUCUCUGUCCACUGUGUCCGAAACCUCCAAAGGAAAUCCACCUCUCUACAAGCUCAACAACAGGAGCCACAGUGAUAUCUGCCCUGAAACUAUCAGCAGCAUAAUGCAAUGUAAGAAAGGGGAACUAUUGGAUCAGGUGACUCAGAAGCUGGAGAGGAGGAAAUCGCCUAAAAAAGACUUUCAGACAAGUAGGAGUGAAACUCCCUCCUCAAUGGAUGGACCAGACUCAAAACUCCAUAACUCAAAGAUAGAGAGGCUGUCUUCUCCACAAGGUCCACAUCAGUUUAUAAGUUCUGACAAGCUGCACUCCCCACAAACAGAGGAAUCAAGUUUCAGACACAUCAGUGGUCUUCUUGAACUGGGCAUUAUUUGUUUACCAGGCAGCAGGGACAGGACAGGCAGGGCAGUGGUCGAGGUCCAUGCAGGCAGACAGGAGUGGAAUUCCCCUCUUGUCUCUGCCCAGAGUCUCUGUGAAUUACUGCUCUACUUACACUCCAUACCAAGGAAAGAAGUUCAAGAAUUGGGAAUGACUUUGGUCAUCAAUGCCAGGAAGAAGCCUCCGUCACUCCACUUCUAUAAAGCUCUGCUGAGGGCCCAGGAGCAGGCUCUACAUGCUGUCCACAGUAUUGUGAUGCUGGUGGAUAAAGACACUUGUCCCCGUCCUGAAAAACAGCCAGGGUUACAGAUGGACAUAUUGACUUCCAUGAAAGCCCUUAACAAGACAGUGGAAGCCUGCCAGCUGACCUCUGACCUGGGCGGGACCUUCACUCACAGUCAAACAGACUGGCUGCAGUUUCAUCAGAGGCUGGUUUCUUUCAUGACUGACCUGCGGGGGGCAGACUGCUUGUUGCAGAAGGCCAUCAAAAAAGUGGACAGCAGCAAAAAGGUGGACACUGCAGAGGAAGUGCAACAAUGCAUCCAGGAACAGAGGGCCUCCAUGAAAGAGGUGCUGGAAGACGUUCGAUUGGUCACACUGCAGAGGGAGGGAGGGGCUUUGCUGGCCAGAAUGAGGAAAGAGGAGUUCAGGUUCCCACAGUCUGAGGACUACAGAGAUGCUUUGGAGUCAGUGACAAGUCUUUACAACCAGGUGGAGGAGAAGCUCCACACACUGGUGAUGAGAUCAAAUGAGUCCCUGCAGCAGCUGGAAUCCCUCUUCAAACUCAGAGAGGUGGAGGCCAAAAUUAGCACGGCUGGGAUGUGGUUCAGCACAGAAGGAGAACAGAGACUGAAGGACUCUUACGCAACAGAUGAUACCUUGGUGUGCACUGCAAAGGCCUUUCAGCACUUUGAUCUGCUGCUCAAAGAGUCAAAGGAAAAGCGGCAACAAGCUUUGACCCUGGUGACGGAGUCUGAUGGAAUUGUUGCCAUGAGUGAUUCCAGUCCUGCAAUAGAUAUAUUUCGCACCCUAAUUAGCACUUUUAAAUCUAAUAUGGAUGAUUUUAUAUUGCGAGGAGAACAGAGAUACAAAGAGUUGGAAAAACUGGUGUGUGUGGAGCGCUACUGUGCACAGGCUUCUGCUCUGGCCAAAGAAUGCAGUCAUUUUCUGGAGAAGGUAGAGCAGGGGUGUUACUCCGCUCAGACCCAGAGCACACUCCAGAUGUAUGAGGAGAGAUUGGGUGGUGAAUUCUCCACCCAGCACUUCAAGGCUAUGAAAGCUAAGGCCUGCGCCACGGGAUCCGGGGCCUCUGGGGCUAUGAGAGUGUGGAAUGCAGCCUGGAUUCAGUGCCAAGAAGUCAGGCAGCGUCUUGAGGAGAUGCAGAAGAAAAUGAAGAAAGGCAUAGAUAAGAACCAGAUCCAGCCGACCACAGCUGUGAACCCUCGAGAGGAAGAUGGGGGAACAGAGAAGAUGGAGAAAAGGAGCGAGGUGGGGGAGGAUGAAUGCUCCAUGAUGAAGCAGCCAACCCCUCAGGAAGAGGCAGUCAAUGUAUCAGACAGGGAAGGAAUAACCUCAACUGCUGAACCCAUCGACCACUAUAUAAAAACUGACUUGACUGGGAGUGAAAAUGGAGAAUCCCAAGCACUGAAAUCACCGGAAUCACCUGUUGAAAUAGAGAAAAUGACUCCUGUGUCUUCACAAAACAGCGACUGUUACUCAAAAACCAAACACCACAGUGAGGCAGACCUGAGGAGCGCAGACUCAGCUGAAGGGGGCAAUGUUUUUCAAACGCACCAACCUUUGGGUCGGUCCUUAAGUGAGGGUUCACGGGUGAAUGCUCCCUUUUCAGUUCUUUCUUGCUUUUCACCUUUGAAUAUGAGAAACAAACACUGUCAGAGCAGGACACAACCACUGGAACAAAAUCUGCAGCUGCUCCAAAAUCUGCCCAUUUCCCAGAACGAGAGUUUACAAGCAGGAAACCUGAGCUGGGAGUCAAAAAGAGACAGUAAUGAGGAGGCGGGUGAAGGAUGCCUAGACAUCAGCCAUGGCCCUACAAACGCCAGUACCCCAGAGACAUUACUCACAUCAACAGAGAACAAUGGCGACAAUGUUUUGAGACUAAGAAGGAUCAUGGAGGAGCUGCUGUCCACAGAGAGGGAGUAUGUAAAGGCUCUAGGUUACGUUCGAGAGCACUAUUUCCCUGAGCUGGAGAGGGCCGACGUCCCUCAGGACCUCAGAGGCCAGAGAGGGAGCAUCUUUGGUAACUUAGAGAAACUUCACGACUUCCAUCGACAUCAUUUUCUGAACGAGUUGGAGAGCAGCAUGAAUGAACCCCUCAGAGUGGGACGCUGCUUUCUGAGACAUACGGAGAGCCUUUGUUUGUAUGCCCUUUACAGUAAGAACAAACCGCAGUCUGAUAGUCUUCUCGUUAAUCACGGACAGGCAUUCUUCAAGCAAAAGCAACAAAAGCUGGGGGACAAGAUGGAUCUGUGGUCGUACCUGCUGAAGCCUGUGCAGCGGAUUAGUAAGUACAGCCUGCUGCUGCAGGACAUGGUGCGGGAGUGUGGCGCCAGACAAACCAGAGAGAUGGCUGAGGUCAAAGCUGCCCUGGAGGUCAUCCAUUUCCAGCUUCGCCAUGGCAAUAACCUGCUAGCCGUGGAUGCCAUCCACCAGUGUGAUGUGAACCUAAAGGAGCAGGGUCAAAUUAUACGUCAGGACGAAUUCUUGGUUACCUUCAGGAAGAAAAAAUGUUUCCGCCACAUUUUCCUCUUUCAAGAACUCAUCCUCUUCAGCAAGACCAGGAAGACAGACGUAGGAAAUGACACAUAUGUCUACAAACAGUCAUUCAAGACGUCAGAUAUAGGCAUGACCCAAAACAGUGGCGACAGCGGCCUUUGCUUUGAGAUCUGGUUCAGGAAGAGGAAAACAGGUGACACAUACACACUUCAAGCAGUUAGCCAAGGAGUGAAGGAGGCCUGGACCAAGGACCUGGAGCGGAUUCUGUGGGAGCAGGCAGUACACAACAGAGAGGUUCGUAUGCAGGAGAGAGUGUUUAUGGGUAUUGGGAACAAGCCUUUCAUGGAUAUUCAGCCCAGUGAUGCAGCUAUCCAUGACAGAGCGGUCAACUAUGUACUGCUGGGAAGAGAAAACAAGGUGCAGUCCUCUGCAGGAUCAUGUGGUCCCCAGGAUGGGCCUCCUGGAGGGCGGCCGAAAUCUGUCGGUUCAGGGAGCAGCUCAUCUUCCUCCUCUUCAUCUGGGAGGGGUUCCUUGUCCCCUGUGGGGUAUCUUUGUGGGCCAAAGCGGAGAGUGGUAUCAGGGGGCGUUGGAGGUUACGUAUCGCCUCCUGGAGUUUUGGAAGAAGACGACCUGGACCAUGAGAGUGGAAGUCACAACUUAUUGUUGGACAGCUCAGAGUCAUCAGGAGAGAGUGUGAGCGGCUUCAGCAGCUCCAGUCACAGCUUCCACUCUGCUGUAGGAGGAGAGGUGGAGGAAGCCUCCGCGCUCUGUGCCUCUACAAUUACCAUUAAGGAGGCAGCGGCUGCUCAUGCAGCUGAAGUUGCCCACAAACCAACUGCUCUGGCAGGAUCCCCAGAAAAAAAAACACCACCAGUUGCACUCAAACCCAAACCACUACACCAGACCAAGGAUGUUCCCUGUGGCAAGGACCAGAACACUAGUGUUGGAAAAUCCACUGAGGUUUGACCUGUGAGUUACAGUUCAGUAUUUGAGUCUCACAAGAAAGGCUGAGAGCAGUCUGUUGGUGUCAACACUGAAGAUUGAAACAGGCAUGCUAUCAUACCAGCUGUUACUGUAAUCUUAUACCACUCUGUAAAUAGAUGAUCUUUUUAAUCUCACCACAUAAACAAUAGGUCAUAAGCAUUUCUAUAAAUGUACUGUACUUUGAAGUUAAACAUGUGUUGUAUUUUGAAAUGCAUACCUGACAUAGCUUAAUGUAGAGUAUUUUACUGCUCAUGCAAAGGAAUAUAGAGACAUAAUAGACUGUGCUUGUCUUUCUUCUUAUCGUGAUGCUAUCAUGGUUUUAAAUUGGUCAUAGAAUGGUGCUAAAUAUUCCCGGCUACAUAAAACAAGCAGACUUUUAUACUUACACAUGAUUCCAGAGAAGUUUAACCAAAUUUUGUGAAGGUCUACGAAAAAUGUUGUUAUAACAUGAGUAAACACGAUCACACCAUCUGUUAUAUCUUACAGCAUAUUGUACAGAUUUGUAAAACAUGAUUACUGCAUAUGUCAUACUUAUUUCCUCUAAAAUAAACCACAUUUGCUCAA